GACUUCCGUAGCGUUUUCGUUACCCGUUGAGAGGACAGAGCACUUCGAAGAAGACCUCAACUUCGGAACUCGGCCCGUCGCUGUUGCUGUUGAUUAUUCCCCAAUCGCGAUAGAGACCCCUCAACCAUUGAUCCUGACAGCGUCGUCUAUAGUGAAUCGAAAAAGCCGCAAUUGUCUCUUCUGAAGCUGCAAUAGCGUCACCAUGUUUUUGCCAGAGAACGUGUCAGGAGCCAACAAGGCAGAGCAAGAUCGAAAGGCGGCUUUCAAACGGAUUGAGGCCUGGGCUAUGAAUAUAAUAUCUGCCCCACUUCGAAAGGAUGUGACUGUUUCAGUCCAAGAAGUCCAGUGUGGUGAUCCACAGUGUUCACCCAUCGACACGGCAAUUGCUAUUGUUUUUAGCAGUGGCGGUCAGGGUAUGUUUGGCGUCCCGGCGGAAGCAAAGGACGUUACUGAGCAAGAAUUGAAGCACUUUUUCCCAACACCUGAGGUCCUUCAAAAAUGGCACAGAGGGGAAGAGGCAGAUUGGCCGCCAAUGAACGAUGAUGAGCUUGGCCCAGAGGACUUUCCUCCGCUGCGGUUUGAAGUGGGAACCAAAGUAUUGUGCCGAAUUGGGCCAACAGAUUGGGCUCCAGGGAAAGUUAUUCAACUAUGGUACAGAGAACCCCAGUGGCCACAGGGUUCUUUUGCUCCCUACAAAAUCAAACUCAACAAUGGAAGCGACAUAUUUGCCCCUGGAGACCUUGAUCAGGUAAUUCGUCGAGACCCAAAUCCAUAAAGGCAAACGGAAUUCCGAGUUUGUGGUGAGGAAAAUAUAGUGUCGAUUGAAUCUUUGUUGUAGGAUUCGACGUGUCAGAAGGUACCGUAUGCAUGGCUCUAUCUCCACAAUUGCAUAUCGAAAAGGAACAGAUGCAUGCAACAACCUGCUGAAAGCAAUUUAUUAAAUACCGGUACUAGCUAGAGGUUGUGGCU